CGAAGAAGAAUCCCUCGGGCUUUCUGGAAAGGUGUCUUCAGCGCACUGUGUUGCUACAACAUCUGAUGCUCCCCAGCGUCCUCCGCUGUGUUCGGCCUGUCUUUGCCAGCCGUCUGUCUCACUUCAGAUCGCACAUGGAUCCAGACUCAGGCCGACCCAUCGAGAGAACCAUCAGGUCCAAACUGACUGAGGCGCUCAAGCCUGAACAUUUGGAGGUCCACAAUGAGAGCCACAUGCACUCUGUGCCACCCGGCUCUGAAUCUCAUUUUCGCGUCCUGGUUGUCAGCUCCCAGUUUGAGGGACUGUCCUUGUUACAGCGCCACCGACUGGUUAAUGAGGCUCUGCAUGAAGAAUUGAGCAGCUACAUUCACGCACUAGCAAUCCAGGCAAAAACACCUCAACAGUGGGAGAGUAACCCCACUCCAGCUAAGAGCCCAGCCUGCAUGGGAGGCUCAAAGGGCGAUCACACAAUGGAGGAGAAACUGAAGGCGGGCAGUGAGUGAGGCGUUAGACUCGACUGCAAAAAA